UGAUAGCCUGAUGGGGAUAAAUAGAAAAUGACAUUAGUAAUUUGUCAUAUCUCACUUAUCUGUCAAAAAUAAAAUUCAUUCAAACGUUCUUUGUUAUUGUUAUUUUUGAUGCAAAUCUUUCGUUUUUAUGAAAAAAAGGCCUCUUAAAGGUAAUAUUUGCACUAUUUGCAGCCGCCCGUCUAUAUUUGUCGCCAACAUCAUCUACGAACGCUAGAACGAUAACUAAGCUUUCGCAAUGGGUAGCACAGACUAUGUGGCAAUAAAAGACCUGAAACCAGGCAUGAAAAACAUCAACGCAGUCUUCAUAGUGCUGGAAGUUGGUGGGCCGACUUUAACCAAAGAAGCCAGAGAAGUCCGUACGCUAAGGGUAGCGGACGCGGGUGCCGCAGUUAACCUCUCCGUCUGGGAUGAGCCGGGCGCCCUACUUAUGCCUGGAGACAUCGUGCGGCUCACGAGAGGCUAUGCGGCUUUAUGGAGAGGCGCUUUAACUCUAUAUGCGGGUAAAUCAGGAGAUAUACAGAAAGUAGGCGAAUUCUGUAUGUUAUUUAAUGAACAAGUGAACAUGAGCGAGCCACAACCUAGCCCGCCCCCACCCCCCAUGUCAACCACUCCUCCGGCUGCCGCUCCUGCCCAGCGCGCGACCCCGCCAGCUGUUAACAACAACAGCAAUAAUAAACCAUUUCAAUCGGACAACAAAAUGGGAGGACACAAAACUUAUGUUAGAGGACGGGGACAUCAGAGAAACAAUAACCGCAGGUAGCGUUUCAGUGAUAUUCAGGACUUUAUUUAUAGUAAUAUUUUGCGAUAAUGCUUUUUGUAUUUUAUUUAAUAUGGUGUGUAUAUGUUAGUUGGUAGUUAGAACAAAAAUUGGUUUUAAUAUUAAGUUAACUUUUCUAUACUCAUAGUGUUGUAGUAACUUAGGAGAAGUAUGUAUAAUUGCUCAUAUCACCAAAUAUUACUACUUUUAAACAGAAUUUAUAAUAAUUGCACUGUAAAUUUAAUGAGUGAAAAAAAAUUUUUUGAUACAUACUUUAAUUCUUGACUGUACUUACUGUUUUUGAAUUCAACCAAUUUCUCCUCAAAUCAUGCUCAAUGAACCCAAACUCAAUGUGGCUGUGUUUUUCUGUCAAUGAGUUCCAUGUACAGUCAAGGUAUUAAAUAUCAACACAAAGUGCCAAAAAUAUGUAUACACAACCUUAUUUCCCAUGCAUUCAUGUAGUGUGUACAUAUUUUUGGCACUUUGUCAAUGUCUAUAUUUGAUACCUAGACUGUACUGUAUUGUAGCACAGGCAGGUUUUCGCAACUCAAUGACUGUUGCCUUUUUUGCAUUAAUGGGGUGGGGCUAGUCUAAGAAGCCCAACUCAAGAAAUCUUAUAAAACCUUUGAUGUUGCAUAGAACACCAGGGAGAUCUCCCAGAGAUCUGAGAUGUUGUGUCCUGUAUGUAGACACUCU